GGGCCCUGCGUCCCGUCUCGUCUCUCAUCAUGGCUCCUCCUAGCCCGACCGUCGAGAGACACGAAACGUUCACCUCCAGGUCCGCCGAGGAGUCGCGCCGCCGCCGUGCGUCCGAUGCCACCUCCAAGUCGUCCCCGAGCUUCAGCAACCUGACCCCGAUGUGGGCGGGUAUCGCUGGCAUGCUCACCGACGGGAGCACGGGCAUCGAGCUCGCUCUCUCGAUCCACGAUGGCAUCUACACGACCGACUUCCAGACCGCGCUUCUCCCUUAUGACAAGAAAAAUCCCGACGCGCAAUCCGAGGCGAUCGAGGAGCUCAUCAUCGACACCCUGCGCAGGUUCAGCAAAGACCAUAUGUGCAAGUUCAUCGGUGCCGGCAUCACCAUGGCCCUCCUUAAGGAGGCUCCGAACCUCUGCACUCGUCUUUGGCUCGAGCUCGAUAUCGUGCCCAUUGUCUUCAACAUCAAGCCGUACCACACCGAAUCCAAGACCCGUCCGAACAUCAAGCACCGUGUCUCGUACGGCCCCUCGGCGGUGGCGUCCGGCGCCGCGUCCGGCUCGCAAACCCCGGCCGUCCUCGUGGAUGCCGCGCAGGCCCAAGGUCUCCUCAAGCACCUCGGCGUCCAGAGCGCGACCGGCAAGCUCCCCAUUCCCCGCAACGUGGACGAGCAGUCCGACUCGGCCGCCCGAAAAUGCCUCAUGUACUUUGGCCCGGGUAACAACCCGCGCCUCGAGAUCGGCCCCCGUAACCAGGUCUUGGUAGACGCUGCGGGCAAGAUCCAUCUCAUCGAUGACCUCGACGAAUACCGUAAGGGCGUCCACGGAGGCACAUGGGAGGCGGUUAUCGCCAUGGCCGAGGAACUCCGUGAGAAGAACGUCAAGAUCGGCUUCUUUUCGUCUACCCCACAAGGAGGAGGAGUCGCUCUGAUGCGACAUGCCCUUAUCCGGUUCUUGACCCUCCUCGACGUCGACGCGAGGUGGUAUGUCCCCAACCCGUCGCCGCAGGUGUUCAGGACGACCAAGAACAACCACAACAUCCUCCAGGGCGUCGCCGCCCCCGAUGUUCGCCUCACCGACGAACAGAAGGAGGCCUUCGACGCUUGGAUCCUCAAGAACGGGCUUCGCUGGACUGCCGAGGGUGGCCCUCUUGCACCCGGCGGCGUCGACAUCGCCUUCAUCGACGACCCUCAGAUGCCGGGUCUGAUCCCGCUCAUCAAGAAGGUCCGACCGGAUCUCCCGAUCAUCUACCGCUCGCACAUCGAGAUCCGCAGCGACCUCGUGCACAAGAAGGGCUCCCCCCAGGAGGAAGUCUGGCAGUACCUCUGGAAGAACAUCCAGCUCGCGGACAUGUUCAUCAGCCACCCGGUGAACAAGUUCGUGCCGAGCGACGUGCCGGUCGAGAAGCUCUCCCUCCUCGGCGCUGCCACGGACUGGCUCGAUGGUUUGAACAAGCACCUCGAUUCUUGGGACUCGCAGUUUUACAUGGGCGAGUUCCGGGGGCUCUGCAUCAGGGAGAAGAUGAACACGCUCGCGUGGCCGCAACGUGACUAUGUCGUCCAGGUCGCGCGGUUCGACCCGUCAAAGGGUAUCCCGCACGUCAUCGACUCCUACUCGAGGUUGCGCCAGCUCCUCGCGAAGCACGGCAUGCCCGAGGCCGACCACCCGCAGCUUUUGGUCUGCGGUCACGGCGCCGUCGACGACCCCGACGCCAGCAUCAUCUACGACGAGACCCUCCGCCUCAUCAACGACACGUACUCGGAGUACGCGCAGGACAUUGUUGUCAUGAGGAUCCCGCCCAGCGACCAACUUCUUAACGCCCUCAUGGCGAACGGUAAGAUCGCCCUCCAGCUAUCCACCCGCGAGGGCUUCGAAGUCAAGGUCUCCGAGGCGCUGCACGCCGGCAUCCCCGUCGUCGCCUCGCGCACGGGCGGCAUCCCGCUCCAGAUCCAGCACGGCAAGUCGGGCUACCUCGUCGACGCCGGCGACAACGCGAGCGUUGCCCAGCACCUGUUCGAGCUCUACACCGACAAGGCGCUGUACAAGCGCGUGAGCGAGUUUGCGGCGAACAACGUCUCGGACGAGGUCGGCACCGUCGGGAACGCGUCGGCGUGGAUGUACCUCGCGAUGAUGUACGUCUGCCGCGGCGCGAAGCUCAAGCCGAACGGCCGCUGGUUGAACGACAUGAUGAGGGAGGAGAUGGGCAAGCCGCUCGCGCCUGGCGAGCCGCAGCUGCCGCGCACCGGCCUUAACAUCCAGGGUUGAGCGGGCUUUCGCUUCAUACCGGUUGAUCUCGAUUGGGGAAUCAUCGUAAAACGUGUACCGUGUCUCGUCUUGCUGUAUAACAACGUCUUGUAUGUAGAGUAGAUCACAGGUGUAGAAAUUCAAGGGAAGCAGAAAAGCGAUGUUUCUACUAUGCGC